AUGGACCCCCUCUCCCCACACCUCCCCACCCGCGCCUCCGCCCUCCUCGCCGGCCCCUCCAAAGUCCGCACCUACGACGCCUCAGGCGGCGCCGUGACAAAGCGCCUCGCAUCCCACAACCUUUCCCUCCUCCCAGCACUCCCCUCCGGCUCCGUCGUCCACGACAACGCCUGCGGACCCGGAACCGUAACCCAGCUCCUCCUCAACUCGCACGCGUCGCCAGAGACGACGCUCAAGAUCCACGCCACGGACACGGACCAGAUAUUCCUGGACGUGCUGAAGGCAGAGGUAGAUGAGAAGGGGUGGCCGGUUGAGGUGUCGAACCAAGCGGGUGAGAAGCUGGGGUUCGCGGAUGAGUUUUUUGAUCUGAGUGUUACGAAUAUUGGGAUUUUCUUCAUGUCGGAUGGGGGGCUUGAUGGUGCGAAGGAGAUUUAUAGGACGUUGAAGACUGGGGGUACGGCGGUGGUGAAUUGCUGGAAACUUAUCACGUGGUUCUUUCCGAUCAAGACGAUUCAUGAUAGGUUUAGGCCCGGCAAGCCGUUCCCUGCGCCGGUCAUCAAUUGGAAUGAUGGGUCGCAGCUGAAGAAGAUCAUGCUGGAGGCUGGGUUCAAGGAGGAGAAUAUGCGGAUGGAGGAGAGUGAGACGUCGACACAGAUCCCCGAAGGAGAGUUUAGGGACUGGGCGGAGAAAGCCUGGGCCUAUCUAGGAGGAAUUGGGAGGUGGCAGGAGGAGGACGAGGGAAAUUGGGAUGCUUCGGUCGAUUAUUUGGUAGAGCUGAUGUUGGCCAUGAAGACGACGGCUGUUGUGGAUGGUGUUGUUCAGAUGAAAGCAAGCCAAUGGGUUGUUAUUGCACAGAAGUGA